AAAUUCAUCAAAAAUAAGGUGAAUGGUGGAAAGCGAGACACUUAAGAAAAAAUUCAAUUUCAAAUGCAUUUUUAAACUGAAUAAAUAAUUAUUUUUUACCAUUUUUUUUUUGUAUCAUUGGAUUUUUUAACAAAUAUUUUAACAGUAUCUUAACAGUUGUAAUUAAAUAUUGCAACUGAAUAAUCGGAAAAUUCACGGAAAUUAAAUAAUAACACAUUUUGAAAAGAUGGACAAAAUUUUGGAAAGUUGGACAAAAACUUUUGGAAAGUUGGACAUAGUGAUAUUAAUGACAAAAUAUCAUACAAAAUAUGUAUAAAAUCAAAUGUUGAGGGUUUUCUCUGUAUACUUGCACAUUUGAUGGUUAUGCUAAUCCCUCCUUUAUGUUCGGGUAACAGUUGAGGAACGCUAAUUUCCAAGAACUUCCUGGACGUCCAACCAAAAAGAGGUUCUGUAAAUUUCACAAACGCCUCGCGCUGUCCAGCAGUUAUAGCUUUAAAGUGGAUGCAAUUUUUAGCAUAUUUCAAUUCCCCAUCCACCCAAAUCCUUUUCCACUUCCUUUGAGACUUCUGUAAAGGCUCCUAUUUGUCUUUCUCCAGAAGUUUUUGGGAUAUUUACUAUCCAUUCUAUCAGAAAAAGUGGUCUUAGGAAUCUGGAAAUUUUUGCAGCCUUGUCAGGAGAUUUUCUCCUUAUCAGCUACUAAUUGUAGUUGCAACUAUUUCUCCGGAUACUUAAGGAUCUUUGUCGUCCUUGUUAACAUGAUUUCACUGCACAAAACCACCAAAUUCAUUAACAAAAUCAACUUUUCAAGAUUUCAUAAAACUCGUUUUGAAAGCAACACGAAAUUAAAUCACUUUUCUAUCCUUUUUAAAUUUAAUAUUUCACAAAUAUUUUUUAUUCACCUUUUAAAUGGAUGUAUGUCCUUCGAUUUUCACUGCGGACUUAACAAUAUUUCACAAAUUAUGCCGAAAAAUCAAACAAAACACUUUGACAUUUUCCUCUAGCAACUUCCAUAAGAAACAGAGAAAAUAACAACUACCGUGUCAAGUUUAUGAAUAUCACGCAUACAAUACAUUUUUUAAAUUCUUCUUGCAAGUCACCCUUUGAUUGUUUUAUAACAAUUUUUGCAUUUUUAACUUCUGAAAUAAUCAUAAAAUUAAGUUUAAUAAUCUUUUUAUCGAAAAUAUAAAUAUUUAAUUGAUUUAUUAUUAAGUUUUUAAGGAGGUGUCUCACAUUCCACAUUGCUUUGUCCAACUUUCCAAACAGUCUCGCUUUAGGCAAAUGACCCUACUACACUGAGGACAAAAAUAAAAGUUAAAAAUCAUUUUCUAUUACUUCUAUUGUAUACGAUUCUUAAAAAGGCAUUUUUCUAAGUUGAUGAAAAGACUAAAAUUUACCAAUUAAAAUGAUCAGGGAAACGCUUUCAGGUUUCGCACCUAGGCAGCCGUCGAACAGAGCAGGGCAAUAUAUUUUAAAAACCCGUUUUAUGUCAGACAUUUUCUGAUAAAAAAAAUAGGUCAGAAUCAGUAAAGGAACAUUGGAAGAAUAUCAAGUGUUCGAAACCAGAGUGUGUGCGAAACCUGAAAGCCUUCCCUUAUAUUUUUCUCAGUGUUAUAGUUAAAUAAGUUAAAUAAAGUAGAAGUGGAAAAAAAUUCUUAAAUUUGAUUUAAGCUUCUUUCCCAAAUUUUCGUGCAUCUGGCUUUCAAACCACGUACUUCUCUCGUAUUUUUGUCUCACGCAAAAAAAAAGAAAAUCUUUUAUCGUUAAUCAUAGGGUAAUUGUGAGUUGAGAGCUUUUUCAAUGGGAUGGACUUAUUCUGUUGAAAUAAAAAGAAAUGAUGAAAGAAACAGUUGCCAAUAGAGGAUGUGAUCAAUAAAUUGAGCCAUUCUCACACCAAUAUAGCGAAGAAGAAGAAAAAAAGGUGAAAAAAAUAUUAAGGAAACUUUAACAAAAAUGAUUAAGCACAAAAUAUAUAACAAAUUUUUUUCUAGUAAUCUUGUAUAUCUCUAAAUUGCAGCAUUUUAAACGCGGUGAAUGAUAUCGCGUGAAAAAAAUAAAUAACAAUCAUUAAAAUAUCUCAAUUUAGCUGUAUAUUUUAUCGAGAAAAUUAUUAUUCUCUUAAACGUUUAAGGUUGAUAGUUGAAAGGGGGUAAGGGGGGGCAUGAGUAAGAUAUAUUAAGAAUUAUAAUCAAAAUAUAAUUCAUUUUAUUUGAUUAUUAAUUAUUUUUUAAAUAAAUGUGUGUGAUGAGACCAAAUGAAAAAGAAGAAAAAGAUUAAAUAGACGGCGUAAUAUUUCUAAAAUAGCAUUAAAAAUAUGGAAAAUAAUGAAAAAAAAAAAUAAGAAAAUAGAUGCUUUUUUGACAUGAAAAUUCAAAAGAGUAUCAUUUAAAAAAAUAAUGGUGAAUUAUCUUUUUUAUUUUCCACAAUAAAAAAAAUCUUUUUUACAUUAUCGAGAGGUAAAACAAUUUUAAAAAGAGAGAAAAAAAUUUAUUAAUCAAAUGCUAAGAAAAUUAUUUCAUGGUUCUUUAUAGAAAAUAAGUUUUUUGAUGAAUGGCAAACGAAUUAAAAAAAAAUCGGCAUAAAAUAGUUAAAUGAAUGGGAGAGCGUUUGAAAAAAAAAGGCAAAAAACUAACAUAUUCAAUUGUAACAGUUUCAUGUUAUAUUAACGAUCAUUAAAAAUAAAAGAUGGAAAAGAUCUUUUGAGUUACCAGAGAAAGGUUGCCAACGUCUGGAAACGGCAAAAGAAGUGAGUUGUGUUGAGCUGAAAAAAAGAGGAGAGGGAAUCAGAGUCUCUAAGAUCAGCUUCAGUUCAUGUUUGUGAGUCAAUGAGUGAAGAUCGAUGCGAUCGUGAGUCCAGUGAUCAUCCAAAUGAUCCUCAGUGCGAUUUAUUUUGAUGCAAAAAUGUGCUUCAAUGCAGUUUCAGUGAUGUGAUAUUGUGUGCAAAAAAAAAAAUAAAAGACGAUUUUUUCAAAAAGAAAAAAAUAAAUAAGAAAAAGAGUGAUCGAGACGCAAAAUUGUGUAAAUAUUUACAAACAAAAAAAAAAGAAAAGAAAUUGCUGUGUGAAUAAUAAUUUGAAAACAUUCACUGGAUUAUGGAGAAUGAUCAGUCAGAAUGGAACGGAUCUACAGGGCAUGCCAAUUUAUGUUGAUCUUCAUCCUCAUCAGUUCUUGCCACAUUCGUGCAGCAGCAGGAAAUUUGACUCUAGCCUAUCGAACAGGUUGCGAAGACGAGCCACUUUGCCUCAAGUGUGGUCCCACGGGCUGCAUGAAGUGUCCACAAUUCAUUGCCAUCGACAGUCGCACGUGUGUCCAGGAGUGUUCCAGAGGCUACAGCCCUCAAUGGUCGACACUGCCUGAAUUUAUGGGACAGAUUUGUAGGCCAACGGGAUUUGCAAGUCCAAUGCUGGAGGCUACUGUGGGAAUUCUUGUGGGAUGCCUAGUGUGUGCGGGGAUUAUUGGGGCAACAGUUUACACAAUACGCCGUAGGAGGAGACGAAAAUGCCUCCAAGAAGCUCUAAUUGACGACACCAUUGAACGGGCAGAGUUCCUGAAGCAACUCGAUGAGUUGCGACCCAAUGCUGAGUAUUUCCUGGCCAUGUUGAACGAUACUCGACGUCAGAUCAGGAAACUCCAUUUGGCUGGUGACACAACAGGAGCAACAGCGUACUGCCAAAUUGUCAGGGAUCUAGCCAAGAUCCUUCUGCUCAUCAAUAAACCGGCAGAUCUACUAAAUGGACCGCCCCAUGACUGGAAUCGCCUCUCCACGUGGGCAGUCAGGGUACUGGAGAGGUACAAACCACAAAUUGCCCAGUUGAUUGACUUCCUGCAGAGUCCAGCAGCUGAUCCCAGACUUGCCUCGUGCCAGCAUCAUACAUUCAAGUCUACCACAACAACCUCAACCACCACCGCCAGUGAAUCCCCAAAUAUGCAGUUGCAGCAUUUUGGCUCACUGAUAAGUCUCCAUGACUUGGAUGACAUUCAGGGGGCUGGAGAUACCUUUGGGAGCAAUUUUAACAGCCUCAAACGUAGCUCAGACAUCACUGGCAGCUCACUGUGGCUCGAGGAUGAAUUCUUCAAGUUGGGACUGAGGCCACAGGAUGAGAUAACGACUGAAUUGUGACGUUCUUGGGCGAUAUCGCACAUGGGACCAAAAAGUGCAACAUUUCUUUGUAAUAUACAAAUCGUGAAGCACCCUUCACACAAACUCUAGUCAAUAGUUCUAUUUUAAUAAUUUGUACACUGUCUUAUAAGUUUAAUGUAGAUUAAUAUGCAAUAUAAUGAAAAAUUGCUAUACAACAAAA